AUGGAAAGAAUAUUUAUGUUGACUUAUCUUCUGGUGGGUAUGACGGUCAGUUUGUCGGAGCAGGUUGUUGGUGCCAACUCAUGUUUAAAUGCGGAAAAGCUGGCCUACGCAUGGGAUUUCACUUACGAAGUCUGGUUAGCUAAUCAUCCAGUCUUUCAGAGUGGAACUUGGGGCGAUGAAAGACCAGAAAAAGCUAUCGACAACGAUGUUUUCACUUACUCAGUUGCUUGCGUUGCGUGCAACGAAGCGACCGUUGUAGAACCUGGCUGGUGGAUGGUUGACCUGCUUGCUGAGACACCAGUUGCUGGAGUCGUCCUCGUCGCUAGUCACGAUGACUCUAACGCCCGUUAUCUCAACGACUUCGACAUUCUCCUCACCUCAACCGACAGCCCAAAUUUCAGCGAAGAAAGAUUAUGUGCAAGUUAUGAAAGUAAUUCAAACACAUUGGCUGGAUCAACACUGGCACUCCCUUGUACCAACCAGACGACACUGGGAAGGUACUUGGUGGUGAGGAGGAAACCAACUGCCUCCUUCAGACCUGAUGCUAUCGCCAUCGCAGAGAUCAGAGUUUUCGCCAAAUCUUCUCGCACUGAAACUUUCGAGGUAGAUUUAGCGGGCCACCCUGUGGUACAGAGUAAAACAUGGAGACGUGAGAAACCUGAAAAAGCCAUUGAUAACGACAUUCAAACAUUCUCCGUCGCUUGCACUACUUGCGAUGAAACACUCUCAUCUGAACCAGGGUGGUGGCUGGUCGACCUGCUCGAGGAAACUCCUGUGGCCGGUGUCGUCCUUGUGGCCAGUUCUAAUGACUACGAUGCCCGUUACCUCAACGACUUCGACAUUUUCCUCACUUCAACCAUCAGUUCAGAUCCCAGCAAAGGAAGAUUAUGUGCAAGUUAUGAAAGUAAUUCAAAUACGACGGCUGGAUCAACACUGACCCUCCCUUGCACCAACCAGACGACAUUAGGAAGGUACUUGGUGGUGAGGAGGAAACCAACUGCCUCCUUCAGACCUGAUGCUAUCGCCAUCGCAGAGAUCAGAGUUUUUGCCAAAGCUUUUAUUGCAGAAAUUUCAGUUCAAGCAAACAAUGAUGUUUUUCGUUGUUGGAAGGUAACUCGCUUGAUGAAUUACCCUGGCCUUACACAAGCGCCUUACUAUGACUUACAAACUUGUCUUUCACGCUGCAUCUUUUUGAACGUAUGCAAAAUCGUAGAUUACAACCCAGAUGUCAGUCCACCGUGCUUUUUACAGCAGUUUGAAGGCUCCUUUGUGAGGGACCCUUUCGAGGUAGAUUUAGCGGGCCACCCUGUGGUACAGAGUAAAACAUGGAGACGUGAGAAACCUGAAAAAGCCAUUGAUAACGACAUUCAAACAUUCUCCGUCGCUUGCACUACUUGCGAUGAAACACUCUCAUCUGAACCAGGGUGGUGGCUGGUCGACCUGCUCGAGGAAACUCCUGUGGCCGGUGUCGUCCUUGUGGCCAGUUCUAAUGACUACGAUGCCCGUUACCUCAACGACUUCGACAUUUUCCUCACUUCAACCAUCAGUUCAGAUCCCAGCAAAGGAAGAUUAUGUGCAAGUUAUGAAAGUAAUUCAAACACGACGGCUGGAUCAACACUGACCCUCCCUUGCACCAACCAGACGACACUGGGAAGGUACUUGGUGGUGAGGAGGAAACCAACUGCCUCCUUCAGACCUGAUGCUAUCGCCAUCGCAGAGAUCAGAGUUUUCGCCAAAGCUUUUGUUGCUCCAGAUAAUGAACCUGUUCAGAUUUUUGAUGCUACAAAGCUGAUGAAAGGUUCAAAAAACCAAACUGUAACUUCGAGGGCGAUCCAGAGUGGAACCUGGAACCAUUUAGAGGCCUACCUGGCAGUUGAUGGCAAAACCUCAACCUGGUCCACCGCCGUCACUUCACUCGACCCAACCUGGGAAGGACAACUUGCUUGGUGGCAGCUGGAUCUUGGUGCAGUUUACAAUGUCACCGGAGUCUUCAUAACCAGCAGUUCGGAUUACACCAAUGCCCAGUAUUUGAAGGACAUCAUCAUUGACGUGCUGAUGAAGAGCAGACUGGACAGCGCAUGGAACGUGGAGGCCAAACAGUGCUUCAGCUUCAAAGGUGAUGUGGUGCCUGGUGCCACUGUUUUCUAUAAAUGUGACACUUCAAUUCCUGGUAGAUUCGUCCUCAUUAAACGUGCAGAUGUAGAAGCUUACAGGCCUGAUGCUCUCUCCUUAGCUGAAGUGCAGAUUCAUACAAUUUAA